AUGUCGGACAAACCCGAAGGCACCAAGGACAUGGCCCAGCGCCCGCCUUACCAGCACCGGUCCGCCGAGGACUUCGGCGAGGUCAAGUGGCGCGGCAGGUGUCAGUGUGGGCAAGUAAAAUACAAGCUUAACAAGGAGAAGCCACUCAAGGCGAAGUUCUGUCACUGUCGCGGGUGUCAGAUGACCCAUGCCGCCCCCUUCCAAUGGGCCGCCAUCUUCCACAAGGAGAACCUGCUCUUCGAAAAGGGCGCCGAGGGGCUUGCAUUCUACUCCUCCACCAACAAGACCCGCGAUUACUCCCUCCCCACCAAGGUCUUCUGUUCGUGGUGCCGGUCGCCGAUCAUGGACGAGGGACGUAAUGUCUGUCUGCUGUUCCCGGAGACGAUCGAGUGCGGAGACACCGACGCAGAGCGUCUGGAGUGGCGGAAGGCUUUUGAGGUUGAUUGUCACAUCUUCUACAACCAGCGGGUCGUAGAGAUCCCAGAUGGCAAGCCCAAGUGGGCUGGGAUGGACGAAGACAGUGAAAGGGUCGAUGAUAUGGGCAAGCCCACGGAAUAA